AUGCAUAGAAGAUACUCUGCGAGAGGCGGCGGCUGCGCUAGGGUUUUGGAUAAACUGAGGAUGAAGCCCGAACUUCCGGGAGAGGGCGCCACCAGAGUAAUCCCCGCCGACGCUGCCACCGGUCAGUUGCCGGCGGCCGGAGAGCGCGUGGAGUCAACACCGGAGAUCGAGAAGAAGUUUGUCCACCACGUCUACGACGCCAUCGCGCCGCACUUCAGCGCCACCCGCUUCGCCCGGUGGCCCAAAGUCGCCGCCUUUCUCGGCUCCCUCCCGCGGGGGUCCCUCGUCCUCGACGCCGGCUGCGGCAAUGGCAAGUACCUCGGAGUCAACGCUGACUGCCUCUUCCUCGGCUGCGACAUCAGCGCCCCGCUGGUCAAUAUCUGCGCCUCCCGUGGCCACGAAGUCCUCGUCGCCGACGCUGUUGGCCUUCCCUUCCGUUCUGGUUACGGCGACGCCGCCAUUUCCGUGGCCGUCCUCCACCACCUGAGCACCGAGGGACGGCGGCGGAAGGCAGUGGAGGAGCUGGUCAGAGUGGUGAGGAGGGGUGGCCACGUGCUCAUCACAGUGUGGGCCGUUGAACAGGAGGACCAGUCGCUGCUCGCAAAGUGGACUCCUCUGGGCCCCAAGUACGACGAGGAGUGGGUCAACGCCAGCGCCUCCCCCCAGCCCCGAAGCCCGUCCUCGGCCCUCUCCCUUGAGAGCAUCCCCGAGGCCCACGAGCACCCCACCAGGUCCCGAGCCCGGAGCUCGUCCUCACUAAUCCCCUUAAAGGGCAUCGUUGCUGAGGAACCCGCGGGGCCUCGGGCACAAAGCCCGUCACUAAAGCCCAUCAUUGCUGACACCAGCACUGCCGCAGACGAGAAGCCCGAUGGGUCUCGGGUCCCAAGCCCGUCACUAAUCCCCUCAAAGGGUAUAAUUGGUGAUGCCGAGAAGCCCGAUGCGCCUCGGGCCGAAGGCACUGAGAUGGGUCUGCCAGAUGAUGACGUAGAGCAACAAGAGUACUUUGUUCCUUGGCACUUGCCCUAUCACCGGGCAGAAGUGGGCGGGGCCUCGGCUGCAAUUGCCAGUGGGUUCGCAAAGAAAGACGACCAGAAGGGCGCCGUUGUGUACAACCGCUACUACCAUGUCUUCAAGGAAGGCGAGCUUCAGAGGUAUAAUCACCCAAUUACUUAGUCAAUUAGUUGAUUCAUUAUCUAGUAAUGAUUUUAGUUUCAUAUAGUUAAUUUAGCAAUAUGUUAGCAAGUUAGUGUGCUUUCGUUAUGCAAAUUUCAUUUUUUUUUAGAGAGAGAGAGAAAGAGAGAAAGAGAGAAGAUUCCUUAGAGAACUCAUGGAACUUACUACUUAGGGCAUCUUAUGUGAUCAAAAUCUUACUAUUUAUGGCAUCUUAUGUGGUUAAAAGCUUACUAUUUAGGGCAUCUUGUGUGGUGGUCAAAAUCUUACUAUUUAGGGCAUCUUAUGUGGUUAAAAGCUUACUAUUUAGGGCAUCUUGUGUGGUCGUCAAAAUCUUACUAUUUAGGGCAUCUUAUGUGGUUAAAAGCUUACUAUUUAGGGCAUCUUAUGUGGUUAAAAGCUUACUAUUUAUGGCAUCUUGUGUGGUGGUCAAAAUCUUACUAUUUAGGGCAUCUUAUGUGGUGGUCAAAAACUUACUAUUUACAGCGUAUUAUGUGGUCAAAGGCUUACUACUUAGGGCAUUUGAACAUCAGGAAAAAACUUACUAUUUAUGGGAAAUUAAUGUGUGGUCAAUGACCCGAUUUCUUUGUGGCGUCGUCCCCACCUCCCUGUUGACAGGCUGGUGGCGGGGAUAGAAGAUGCGGUGGUCGCCGACCAGUUCUACGACAAAUCCAACUGGUGCAUCGUCCUCCAGAAGACUUGA